UAGACUCGGAUUUUCCCUGGUGAUGGACAACAGGUGAGUAGUAUUUAAAAGCGUAAGCACGGCAGGAAAGCUAAGUACAGUCCUGAGGCCAACCUGAGCAUUGAACUCAUUGAGCAUCACUCUGAGUUUUGAUAAAGUCUAAACAAAUUAUGUUGUUUCCACUGUUUUUUGGAAUAUUUUUCUUCUUGCUGUCGGAGCACAUCGUGGAAGGAAAGCAUGUGGGAUGUUUCAAAGAUUCUGAACAUGCCUUCGGCAAGACACACAAAAAGCUACUUCAGGCUUUUCUUACACCCGCCAGACACCCGCAUCCACGGCCUGCCCGUCAUUCGGCGGACUCCUGUGAUGAUUUCGUUCGGUCUUCGUCAGACCUCAGUAAACGCUCACUGUCCCCCUGGCGGACGAAGAACUGUGCAAAAGCCAGAUAUGUACCCCUCAUCAUAUGAGGAAGCAGAGUGUUUGUGUGAUGGAUGCAUCAUUAACGGGGUUGAAAAUAUGACCUACAACUCUGUGCCUGUGUCGAGAUCCCAUUUAUUCCUGAAGAAGGUCCCUUGCCCGUCUGACUCCAGCAAAUACGCUUUAGAGUAUGAAUUUGUGUCAGUAACUGUGGCCUGUACCUGUGCCGUCCCUGACCAGACGACAAUAUAGACCAAACCCGUAGAGACGUGUCUCAUGUACCAUGUCGUGUUUGUUUUAAAAUACAAUUUUUGAUAAGGUACUUAAAUUGUUUGAUAUGCUUAUAUGAAUAAGCUAAAAGGUUGCAUGUGUCACAUGUUUUUGUUUUUAAUUUAUUAUAAACCAACAUAGUCUUUCUUGAAAGGAAGAUAUAUUUGUAUUAUUUAAAACACUACAUUAUUUAGGCAUUAUUUAUUUACAUAUUCAUAACUUAUUUAAUAUUUAUUUAACUUUUAUGUAACUUAUGGAAAUAUGCGAACUUUUGAUUUUGUGCUAAGCUGUCCUUUAAUAACUCUGUCAAUGACAGGAAGAGUUAUAUUACCUUUGUUUCAGUGAUAACAAUAAAAUGUAUUGGAAUGUUUUGUUUUCUUGAACCUUGUAAUUUGUUAAAAUGGUAUUAUGUUGAAUAAAAUCUAUGCUGAUCUUCA